AUGAGUGAAAAGAAUACCCGUAUUGCCAUUGUCAAUCCUGACAGGUGUAAACCUAAGAAGUGUCGUCAAGAGUGUAGACGCUCUUGUCCAGUGGUGAAGACUGGUAAACUUUGUAUUGAAGUUACCCCAGCAUCCAAGAUUGCAUUUAUAUCUGAAGUGUUGUGUAUUGGUUGUGGUAUUUGUGUUAAGAAAUGUCCAUUCGGUGCAAUUAACAUUAUCAAUUUACCGACGAAUUUAGAACAACAUGUUACACACCGUUAUUCUGCGAACAGUUUCAAAUUGCAUCGUUUGCCAACCCCAAGACCAGGUCAAGUCCUUGGUCUUGUUGGUACUAACGGUAUUGGUAAAUCUACUGCAUUGAAAAUUUUAGCAGGGAAACAGAAGCCUAAUUUGGGUAGAUAUGACGAUCCACCUGAAUGGCAGGAAAUUAUUAGACACUUCCGUGGUUCUGAAUUACAGAAUUAUUUCACCAAAGUUCUUGAAGACGAUAUCAAGGCAAUCAUCAAACCUCAAUAUGUGGAUAACAUUCCAAGAGCCAUUAAAGGACCUGUGCAAAAAGUUGGUGAACUGUUAAAAUUGAGAAUGGAGAAGCCUCAAGAAGAAGUCAAAUACUAUUUGUCACAGCUAGAUCUAAUGCACGUUUUAAAACGUGAUAUCGGUAAUCUUUCUGGUGGUGAAUUGCAAAGAUUUGCCAUUGCAAUUUCAUGUGUCCAAAAUGCAGAUGUUUACAUGUUUGAUGAACCUUCAUCCUAUUUGGAUGUUAAACAACGUUUAAACGCCGCACAAUCUAUCAGAUCUUUAUUGGAUCCAACAAAAUACGUCAUUACUGUUGAGCACGAUCUUUCAGUUUUGGAUUACUUGUCCGAUUUUGUUUGUAUCCUUUACGGUGUUCCAAGUGUUUACGGUGUGGUUACAUUACCAGCAUCAGUUAGAGAAGGUAUCAACAUCUUUUUGGAUGGUCAUAUUCCUGCUGAAAAUAUGAGAUUCAGAAGUGAACAAUUACAGUUCAGAUUGGCUGAUACUGGUGAUGAAAUUAAAGAUGAAGCUACACGUGAGCUUUCAUACCCUUCAAUGUCAAAGACACAAGGUGAUUUCAAACUAAGUGUUGAUUCUGGUGAAUUUAGUGAUUCUGAAAUUUUAGUUAUGAUGGGUGAAAAUGGUACUGGUAAAACUACCUUAAUCAAAUUAUUAGCAGGUGCUAUCCCCGCUGAUAAUGGUGACAAGGUUGCCAGAUCUAACGUUUCUAUGAAACCACAAAAGAUUGCUCCUAAAUUCCCAGGUACCGUUAGACAGUUGUUCUUCAAAAAGAUUAGAGGUCAAUUCUUAUCACCUCAAUUUCAAACCGAUGUGGUUAAGCCUCUAAAGAUUGAUGAUAUCAUUGAUCAAGAAGUUCAACAUCUUUCUGGUGGUGAAUUACAAAGAGUUGCUAUCGUUCUUGCCCUCGGUAUUCCAGCUGACAUCUAUUUGAUCGAUGAACCUUCUGCUUAUUUGGAUUCUGAACAACGUAUCAUUUGUUCUAAGGUUAUUAGAAGAUUUAUCAUGCACAACAAAAAGACUGCAUUCAUUGUCGAGCACGAUUUUAUCAUGGCUACAUAUUUGGCAGAUAGAGUCAUUGUUUUCGAUGGUAUACCAUCAAAGGCUGCUCAUUCAGGUUCUCCUGAAUCAUUGGUCACCGGUUGUAACAGAUUCUUGAAGAAUUUGAACGUGUCUUUCAGAAGAGAUCCAAACUCUUUCAGACCAAGAAUUAACAAAUUGGACUCUCAAAUGGAUAAGGAACAAAAACUCUCAGGAAAUUACUUCUUCUUGGACAACACCGGUGUUUGA